AAUAAGAAAAUUACUGAAAUGAGUUCGCGGAGUGUAAUGAUCACGGAUCUGGACCAGACCGACCAGGAGGAGGGGGUGGCGGAACGCCCGCCCACGCAGCCAAAGAGGAAUCGGAAACCGCUGCAGACGCUGUCUGGAAACUUCAGUCGCCGCUCGAGGAGCGUGGAGGUGGAGCAACGCCAGCAGACGACACCCGCCGGGAGAAAGGAUCGGAGGGAUCGCACGCUCAACGGACUGUUGCAGGCCAAGGACCAGCAGCUGGAGCAGCUGGUGCAGCGCCUUUCCACCCUGCAUAAGUACAACGAACAGUUCGCCAAGGAGAACGAGCGGCUGCGCACCGACAGCUCCCAGCUGGAGAGCCGUCUAGCGGUGGCGGAGCAGCAGGUGACCAAUUGCGACCGCUGCCAGGAGCUCAACCAGAAGCUGGGCGUCGUUCUUGGGCAGAACAGAACGCUGGUGAACGACGUGGACAUGUUAAAGACUCUCGUCUUCCGUUUAAAUGUGCAGAUCGAGAACUACCAGGAUCAGCGCAGGAACGGGGAGAAAGAAUCGACGAGCUCGGCAGCGGCAGCCUGCUCCUCAGCCUUCACCGGCUGUCAGCCCCUGCCCACGCACACAUUGGGCCCGCUACUGCAGGCCUACGACGAAUCCAUCCGCGACAAGGACGCUCUCCUGUUGCAGUACAACACAGAGUUCGAGCACUUCACGUGCGAGCUGAAGCGCGCCCUGGAGGAUAACACAAAGCUGUUGCAGUCCCAGGAGCAACUGCGCCGCGACCUGGGGGGAUGGCGGGAAGAGCGUGUCUGCCUCCAGGCGCAGCUGGGCGUUUGCCGCUCAAAGGCCGAGGCGCAAACACGCAAGACCGACCUGGCCAAGGAGAAGCUGGUGGAGGUGAUGCACUGCUACGAACAACGGAUGCAGACGCUCCUUCUGGACAUGGACCAUCUGCAGGCGGCCUACGCCCGCACCAAAUCGGAGCUUGCAGCCCUUAGGAGCACCGCUGUCCCCAAUGCCACAAGCGCACCCAAUGCAGCAGCAGGUCCAGUCGAGGUGGAGGCAAUGCAUCAGUGUCAGACUCUGCUGGAGGAACUGAAGCAGGAGCACGUCAGAGAGCGCUCCUCUCUGCAGGAUCAGCUGAAGGCGAGCUCCAUGCGGGCCGCCGCCCUUGCCCGCAGCACGGAGAAGGCCAAACACUCUCGGGACCGACUGAAAGCCCGUCUUCGCAUGGCCCUGCAGUGGGCCCAGAAGCUGGAGGCGGGCCAGACGGAGAUGAGGGAAACCUACGACGCAGUGCGACGCCUUGAGGUGCUCGUCAAGCACAAGGAGUCACAAAUGCGCGGCCUGCACGCCCGCAACGUAGAGGAGCUGGACAAGCUGCGUCACAGGCUCGAGCAGAAGGACGAGACUAUCCGCACCCUCCUGCGUGGCAAGCUGGAGCGACGCCCUGCCGUAGACUAGACCUGGAC